CGCGGCGAGUGAGUGGGAAGGCUGCAUUGAGUGCGUCGUUGGCACCCCUUGGACCUCCUCCAAGGCCCUGUCAAAGACUCACCUCUGCCCCGUGCCCUCCCGAUCCUCUGGGGGUACUUCCCACUGCGCCAGUGUAUGUGUGUGUGUGUUUUGUUGAUUCGCACUUCCGGCGAUCCCGGCUAUUGGCGGCGGUUCGCGAAAGACAGGUCUCGCUGUCCUUGGCUGCCGCUCAACCGAGCUCGUGCUGUAUACACCAAAAGAAAAGGAGAAGAAGAAGAAGGAGGAGAAAACCGAAGCUGGGCGUCGUCUGGCCUAAGCAAGCAAUUGGCUCUAGAACUCGCCAAAAUAUGUCAGAGAGAAGGAAGUCCGCGUCAAGCUCGGCAAAGGCCUCCAAAUCAACGACGUCCGCACUUUCGCACAGCGGAAUCGACGCCGCCAAGAGGAUGGCCUUCCUGCUGACCUACAUCGAGAACGAUAUCAAUUCCAAGGUCAAGGAGAUCGACGCCAAAACCGAUGACGAGUUCAAGGCCGAGAAGGAGCGCGUGCUGACGCUGGAGCGCAAGCGCAUCCAAGACAUCGUCACAAAGCGCGAGAAGGUGGUCGAGCGCAUGCGCAAGAUCCAGACGUCGCAGAUGAAGAACGCGGCGCGGCUGCGCGUGCUGGGCGCGAUGAGCGAACUGGUCAGCAGGGUGCUCGCCGAGGCACGCUCCAAGCUGACCGCCAUCACAGAGAAGGAGGACCGGUAUAAACCGUUCCUCGAACGCCUCAUCCUCCAGGGCCUGUACAUGUUGCUGGACAAGGACGUGGUGAUCACGUGCCGUCGCAAGGACCUCAAGUUGGUGCAGGCCGCGCUCCCGGUGGCCGCCAAGACGUUCGCCGCCAAGACCCGUAUCGCGGGCAACGUGGUCGUCGACCAGGAGCGCUUCCUGCCCGACGAGUGCGGCGGCGGCGUCGAGCUGACCACGACGCGAGGCAAGAAGAAGGUCACCAACACGCUCGAGAGCCGGCUCGAGCUGGUCACGCGCAAGACGCUGCCGCAGAUACGCGCCGGACUCUUCGGAGCCAACCGGAAUCGCAAGUUCAAGGACUAGAAGGACGCUUGCUUCCUCUGCCGGUUGUGCGAGAAUGCAAAGCUUCUCGUUCUCUUUUUUUUCCCCUGGCGUGUGUGUGUGUGCAUGUUCAUUCGUGCUUUCUUCAAAAUCUUCACCUUGCUUUUCUUAAAAAAAAAAUAAACUCUCGUCAUUCUCCGGUGUGCCAA